AUGGCAAGUCCUGCCUGGGGAUAUGAUGGUGAAAAUGGUCCUGAACACUGGGAGAAGCUGUACCCCAUCGCAAACGGAAAUAACCAAUCUCCUAUCGACAUUAAAACCAGUGAAACCAAACAUGAUGAGUCUCUGAAACCUGUCAGUGUCUCCUACAAUCCAGCCACAGCCAAAGAAAUCGUCAACGUGGGACAUUCCUUUCAUGUAAACUUUGAGGACAGCGAUAACAGAUCGGUGCUGAACGGUGGACCUCUGUGUGAAAGCUACAGGCUGCGUCAGUUCCAUUUUCACUGGGGCACCACAGAUGACUAUGGCUCUGAGCACUUAGUGGAUGGAGCCAAAUUUUCUGCAGAGAACAAGCAAGCUCCAUUCACAAAUUUCGACCCCUCUGUCCUCCUGCCUUCAUCCCCGGAAUACUGGACCUACUUUGGUUCCCUGACUCACCCUCCUCUUCACGACAGUGUCACCUGGAUCAUCUUUAAAGACCACAUCAGCGUGAGCUCAGAACAGCUGGCGCAGUUCCGCAGUCUGCUAGCAAGUGCGGAAGGUGAUCGAGAAGUCCCCAUCAAGUGCAACAACCGGCCGCCCCAGCCUCUGAAGGGCAGAACAGUGAGAGCUUCAUGCUGA